UGACUUCUGACAACAAAAUUGUGUUCCAACUUCCCAAAACAAACGCCUGUUUUCUCUAACCACGGCAGACUUUGUAACAGACAACAAAGACGACUAUUUUUGGACAAAUGGGGAUUCACAACCUUAUCUUUUUUGAAGCUGAAGAUACUGAAAAUGAGCUAGCGCUUCUAGAAGUGAGCAAGAAAGAAGAGUGAGACGUCGGAGCGGACAAAAGCCCGAGAGAGUUGAGGUGAACGUGACUCGAACCUGCAAAAUGUGGAAUUUAAAGCCAUGCAAUUUCGACAUAAAUGGAGUGCUUACCCAAAUAAACUGAAAAAAAAAACCUCUCUGUCCAGCUGGACCAAACGGAUAACUGUCCAUCGAGUGAGUCACACUUUAUUAUUGAUCAUGAUACACGCAGCAACAACUACAGUACAUAGCUAGCCGCGCUCGCUUAUCUCUUUCCGUAGUUAGCUUUUACGGCUAAUACCGUAGCCUGUCGAUGUGUUACUAUGCUAGAAAAAGAGUGUUUUCUCUUUUAAUAACAAUGUUGCUACAGUUUGGUUAUUAUACAGGCUACAGAACGUAAAUGACGCUAUUUGAAUGCAUUUUUAAAGUGAUUUAGAGGUAGAAUUAUUUGCUCCUAUUAGCUGCAUUGCUAGUCACCAAGAACAAGACCAUUUUUGCAUGUUAGAAUGCAAAAAAAAAAAAGAACUUUUGUCUUCUUGUCUCAUGAUUGUGAACAAUAGGCAAAAUUCCAAAAAAGGUGCAGUUCCAAUUUUAAAUGCUAUUUCUAUAACCCGUUUUGAUUCUUUUUAGUUUCACUUUGACUGUUUUCUAAUCUGCUUUGUGGGUGAGAGCGUGAAACAUCUCAAACAUCUCCCCCCCCCCUCCCCCGGUGGGCAUCUCCUCCCCCCCCUAAACAAAUGGAGACUCUUGUUCAGCUGAAAAACAACCCGUUCCUGCUCGGUCUGUGUCGUAACGGCCCACCGCCGGACCUGCAGUACGACAACUCUUCGGAGCUUUUCCGCAUCUCCACCUUCGCCCGUUUCCCGGCGAGCGCCGUCACGGAGCGCAGCCUGGCCCGAGCCGGGUGGUUCUACACGGGCGUGGGCGACCGCGUGCAGUGUUUCCGCUGCAACGUGACGGCCGAGGGCUGGCUGGCCGGCGACUGUCCCGUCGAGAAACACCGCCAGCUGUCGCCUUCCUGCUCCUUCGUCCAGAGCCUCCCGUCCACCGCCAACCUGCUGUCCUCCUCGCACUCCGCCUUCUCCCCGCUACGCGUCGCGCCCGCCGUCCCGAUUCCUGGUCCAGGCUCGGCUGCUCCCAACCCCGGAGUGGCAGGUCAAGGGGAGGAGCCAGCGGCCUAUCUGAACAUGAGCUUCUCAGCCCCGCCCCCGUCCAGUCCGCUGAGCUCGCGUGGCGUGGAGGACAUGUCCCACCAAAGGCCCACCUGCCACAACCCCGCCAUGCGGCGCGAGCAGGACCGCCUGGACUCCUUCCGCGGGUGGUCGCUGACCAUCAUCACCCCCGCCGAACUCGCCAAGGCCGGCUUCUGCUACCUGGGCCCGGGCGACCGCGUGGGCUGCUUCAGCUGCGGCGGACAGCUGAGUAACUGGGAGCCGGGUGACCGCGCGGCGUGCGAGCACCAGAGGCACUACCCCAACUGCCGCUUCGUGCGAGGCGACCGCGCCGACAACGUGUCUCUGGCGGGGGCCCCUGCCUCCCAACUGGCCCUCAACAACGUGUCCAACCCCGCCAUGCAGCAGAACGAGGAGAGGCUGCUCACCUUCGUCAACUGGCCCGCUCGCAUCCCCGUCAGACCGGAACAGCUGGCCAAGGCCGGCUUCUACUACGUGGGUCGCAAUGAUGACGUCAAGUGCUUCUGCUGCGAUGGAGGACUGCGAUGCUGGGAGUCUGGAGAUGAUCCCUGGGUGGAACACGCCAAAUGGUUCCCCAGGUGUGAGUAUUUGCUGCAGGAAAAAGGUCAGGAGUUUGUCCAGCAGAUUCAGGCUCGUUUCCCUCGACUGUUUGAGCAGCUGCUGACAAACGGAGACAGCAGCUCCAGAGAGUUUGUGGACCCGCCAGUGUUGCACCUGGGCCCGGGCGACGAGCGCUGCGAGGACGCCGUCAUGAUGAACACGCCCGUCAUCAAGUCGGCCCUGGAGAUGGGCUUCGAGCGCGGCCUGGUCAAGCAGACGGUCCAGGGCAAGAUCCUGACCAGCGGGGAGAACUACCGCACCGUCCAGGAGCUGGUCUGUGACCUGCUGAGUGCCGAGGACCAGAAGAGGGAGGAGGAGCGAGAGAUGCUGGCUGAGGCCAUGGCGUCAGACGGCUUCACCUUCGUCAAGAGACACCAGGCAGCUCUCGUCCAACGUCUGAAAAGUGUGGAGCCCGUUAUGGAACAUCUACGAGAACAAAAUGUGCUAACUGCAGAGGAGUACAGUGGCCUGCAGGCGCAGACGUCGGCCCAGCAGCAGACCGCCAAGCUCAUAGAGUUGGUGCUCACCAAAGGCAACGCGGCGGCCGAAGUCUUCCGCAACUGGAUCCAGAAGAACGACGUGCACCUGCUCAGAGACCUGAUGGCCCAGUCCAAUGAGGCGGCGUCACCCAGUCAGGACCUGUCAGGACUCCCCAUGGAGGAGCAGCUGCGGCGCCUGCAGGAGGAGCGCACGUGUAAGGUGUGCAUGGACAAGGAGGUGAACAUCGUGUUCAUCCCCUGUGGACACCUGGUGGUGUGUAAGGAGUGUGCACCCUCCCUGCGCAAGUGUCCCAUCUGCAGGGGUCUGGUGAAAGGCACCGUCAGAACCUUCUUGUCCUAAGCAACAAGGUCGUUGCAUUUCAAUGUGAUGCUUAAAUAAAAUAGUCAACGUUGUGUUCUUUCAUGUUUGUGAAAUAAAGCCAGGAGAGAGAAAUUAA